UCUCCAAAAGUAAUUGGAAGCUGGAAAGACUUUACGAGGAAAUUUCUCACCAAGCCAAACUUACGCUAUUCUCAUAUUUCUCCACUCUAUAUUCUCAUCUCAGGCCUUGAGUUCUAAGCAAAACAUUUCAACUCCCCAGAAAAUGAGCAUGACAGAGAUGUGGACUCAGCUGGGUUCAGCAAUUGCUGGCCUAAUGUUUGUAUGGGCUAUGUAUGAACGAUACUUCCCUUAUCAACUUCAAGAAUACGUUGAGAGAUAUUGUCAGAAGCUUGUGGCUCUUGUCUCCCCUUAUUUCCAAAUCGUCUUCGAUGAGUACACUGGUGAAGAUCUCAAGCGCAGCGAGGUCUACGCUGCCAUUCAGAGCUACCUUAGCGCCAACUCCUCCAUGCGGGCCAAGAGGCUCAAGGCGGACGUUGUCAAAGAUAGCCACUCUGUGCUUCUCACCAUGGACGACCAUGAGGAAAUUACUGAUGAUUUCAAUGGGAUUAAGGUCUGGUGGACUUCAAUAAAGAAUAAACCCAAUAAACAAUCUUUUUCUUUCUAUCCUGAAUUGGAUGAGAGAAGAUAUUUCAAGCUUGCAGUCCAUAGACGUUAUAGAGAAAUCAUCGUCAAGUCUUAUAUAGAUCAUGUAAUUAAAGAAGGAAAGGCUGUUGCUGUCAAGAAUCGGCAAAGAAAACUCUACACCAAUAAUCCCAGUGAUAAUUGGUAUGGAUGGAAAGCUACCAAGUGGAGCCAUGUGGUGUUUGAGCAUCCUGCAAGUUUCGAUACUUUGGCAAUGGCAACAAAGGAGAAGGAAGAAAUCAUGAAAGAUCUUGUCAAGUUCAGCAAGGGGAAAAGCUAUUAUGCUAAGAUUGGGAAGGCAUGGAAGCGUGGUUAUCUCCUUUAUGGUCCUCCAGGAACUGGGAAAUCAACUAUGAUAGCUGCCAUGGCUAAUUUCUUGAACUAUGAUGUCUAUGAUCUUGAGUUGACCACAGUCAAGGACAAUAGUGAGCUCAGGAAGCUAUUGAUUGACACGACAAGCAAGUCUAUCAUCGUUAUUGAAGAUAUUGAUUGCUCUCUGGAUCUUACAGGUCAGAGAAAACCAAAGAAGGAGAAAGAGGAAGAUAAAGAUGGAGAAGGGAAAGAUCCAAUUUCCAAGAAGAAAAAGGAGGAAGAAGCUGAAAACAAGAAAAUCAGUAAGGUAACUUUAUCUGGGCUUUUGAAUUUUAUUGAUGGAAUUUGGUCAGCUUGUGGAGGAGAAAAAAUCAUUGUGUUCACUACAAAUUAUGUGGAAAAGCUUGAUCCUGCUUUGAUCAGAAGGGGAAGGAUGGAUAAGCAUAUAGAAAUGUCUUACUGUUGCUUUGAAGCAUUUAAGGUUUUAGCUCAGAAUUAUCUGGAUGUCGAAUCCCAUGAACUGUUUGCAAAGAUUCAAAACUUGUUGGAGGAAACGAAGAUGACACCAGCAGAUGUUGCUGAGAAUUUGAUGCCAAAGUCAGAAGAUGAAGACGAAGAGAGCUGUCUGAAGAAAUUGAUUGCUGCUCUAGAGGAGGCCAAGGAAGAGGAAGCAAGAAAGAAGUCUGAGGAAGAAGCAAAGUUGAAAGCGGAGCAAGAGAAAGAGAAAGAGAAAGAGAAAGCUACUGAGGAGGAAGAAAAGGAAAAAGGAAAUGGCAAACUCAAAGAGAACGGCUUCUGAAUGAGAAGAAAAUUGUUGGAUUUUCUUCUACAAAUUAAAAGAUAAACAGUUUGAUAAAAUGAAGUUAAUUUGAAAUAUUAAUAUUCAUAGUCUGUAGACCUUGAUUGCAACAAUAUUUGGUCCUUAUUGAUGUUUUUAUCAUAAUUUUCUUUGGAACAUUUCUGAAACAAUUAACUCCUUCCUGCCUUUUCUGCUGAAGAAUAAUUCUGAUGAGUCUGAGAUCCUCACGUAUGCAUCAAUUUUAAGAAUUUCUUUGGAACUGUUGCUGUUGAAUGGUGAUAGAUUUUGUUUUGGUUUGUUCCAUUUGUAAAUUGUAAUUGCUUUAUUUCGUUUGUCCUC